GAAAAACGACAUGAGUAGCAAUGAAAUCUGUCUGCUUCUCGGCGCGACAGGUGUUGGGAAAACGUUGUUGCUGAAACGUCUACAAAAGCUCAGUUUGCAUGGAUUGGAUGAACUGGGGGGACCUCCUUCUACUUUGCCUACAGUAGGCACCAACCUGACAGACCUGACAGUGAAGAAGAAGAAGGUGACAUUAAGAGAGCUGGGAGGCUGUAUGGGCCCCAUAUGGCCGAGUUACUUCAAAGACUGCUCGUCUGUCAUUUUUGUGGUGGACUCAGCCAACAUUGCUCAGAUAUCCUCCUCAUGUAUCCAGCUGCUCUCAGUUCUCUCUGCUGAGCCUCUGCACAGCACAUCUGUGCUUAUUCUCUUCAACAAAAGGGACAUCCCCUGCACUAUGAGUCUGAUAGAGAUGAAGUCACUGUUCAGAAUGGAUGAUAUCAUUGCAUCUGCUACUCAGUCAAUCACAACACUGGAAAUUAGUGCUCGCUCUGGACAGGGACUUCAGGAGGUGCUAAGCUGGCUGGAGUCUAUUGUAGUCAAGUGAACUAUCAUACGUUUGUUCCUUUUCAAAUUAUGCUACUGUCACAGGACUUUGAAUGAUGACUUCAAGCUUUUCGGCAAGAGAUGUCAGUUUCCUCAGUGCCCAAAGACUCCUAAUACACAAUUUUACAGAUGUGUGUAACAUAAGACCCAUUGAAAAAUGUUUGCUGUAUCUUUGGUACCAUAUAAUAUGGCAUCAGACUGUUUGUAAGGGUGAACUGGGAAGAAGGUAUGGUAGUGAUAUCAUGGCAGGAUGGAAUGAUUGUAGGGUUGACCAUUUUUACAUUUGUUAAAUUAACACUACUGUAGGUCUUACUUUCAGUUAAUCAUUUAAACUGGUCAUUUUUACUAUUUAAAUUACACACAGUCGACUGCCAGGAUUCGUGAUGAUCCUCAUGCUACUUUCAGUAAGGACUAGUUUUAUUUUGGAAUAAAAUAUGCUCCCGCAAUUUAGUUUUAAUGACCAGGUGAGUGUGAGAAAUACGUCAGAAGAGCCUGGCUCGUCAGAGAAAUUACUGAAAAUGAUGCAGCAUAGUGGUAAUGAGUCACUACCAGCAGGGGGCAUAAAGAGCACAACAAAUGGUGUGACUAA